GAGCCCCCGCCCGCGCAUGCGCAGCGAGAAGCGCAUGGUGGCUGCGGGCCGGAGGCCGGGAGCGGGCCCGCGGGGGUGGCCGGAGCGUCGCGCUGGCGAAGAUGUCGGGCCCCAGACACACGCCCUGGCGGCGGCUACAGGGCAUUUCCUUCGGGAUGUAUUCGGCCGAGGAGCUCAGGAAGCUAAGUGUUAAGUCUAUUACGAACCCUCGGUACCUGGACAGCCUGGGGAACCCAUCAGCAAACGGCCUGUAUGACUUAGCUUUAGGCCCUGCGGAUUCCAAAGAGGUGUGCUCCACUUGUGUGCAAGAUUUCCACAACUGCUCCGGGCACCUGGGCCACAUUGAGCUGCCGCUCACAGUGUACAACCCGCUCCUCUUCGAUAAACUCUACCUGCUGCUCCGAGGCUCCUGUUUAAACUGCCACAUGCUGACUUGUCCCCGGGCCGUGGUUUACCUCUUGGUCUGCCAGCUGAGAGUUCUGGAAGUGGGGGCCUUACAAGCAGUGUACGAGCUAGAGCGAAUCCUAAACCGGUUUCUGGAAGAAAAUGCUGAUCCUUCUGCCUUCGAAAUUCAGGACGAGUUAGAGAAGUACACAACCAAGGUUCUGCAGAACAACCUCCUGGGGGCCCAGGGCACACACGUGAAAAAUGUGUGUGAGAGCAGGAGCAAACUCAUUGCUUACUUCUGGAAGGCACACAUGUCUGCUAAGCGAUGUCCCCAUUGCAAGACUGGGCGGUCAGUUAUUCGAAAGGAGCACAACAGCAAGCUGACAAUCACAUUUCCAUCCAUGGUGCACAGGAAGUCUAGCCAGAAGGACGCUGAGCCCCUAGGAAUCGAGGAAGCUCAGAUGGGAAGACGAGGGUACCUGACCCCCAGCAGCGCCCAGGAGCAUCUCUUUUCCAUUUGGAAGAAUGAAGGGUUUUUUCUGAAUUACCUUUUCUCGGGACUGGAUGAUGUUGGCAUGGAAUCCAGAUUCAACCCGAGUAUGUUCUUUCUGGACUUCAUGGUGGUGCCGCCCUCCAGGUAUCGCCCUGUCAAUCGCCUGGGGGACCAGAUGUUUACCAACGGCCAGACAGUGAAUUUGCAGGCUGUCAUGAAGGAUGUAGUUCUGAUCCGGAAACUUCUGGCUUUGAUGGCCCAAGAACAGAAGUUGCCCUGUGAGGUGGCAGCGCUUACCACAGAUGAGGAAAAAGACUCUUCGAUGGUUGUGGACCGAUCCUUCUUAGGAACGCUGCCAGGCCAGUCUCUCACAGACAAACUGUACAACAUGUGGGUUCGCCUUCAGAGCCACGUCAACAUUGUGUUUGACAGCGAGAUGGACAAACUCAUGAUGGAAAAGUACCCUGGCAUCAGACAGAUCCUGGAGAAGAAAGAGGGCCUGUUCCGAAAGCACAUGAUGGGCAAGCGGGUGGACUACGCGGCCCGCUCUGUCAUCUGCCCGGACAUGUACAUCAACACCAACGAAAUCGGAAUUCCCAUGGUAUUUGCAACAAAACUGACCUACCCUCAGCCAGUGACCCCCUGGAACGUUCAGGAACUGAGACAGGCAGUCAUCAAUGGUCCCAACGUGCACCCGGGAGCCUCCAUGGUCAUCAAUGAAGACGGCAGUCGCACAGCCCUGAGCGCUGUGGAUGGGAGCCAGCGCGAAGCUGUGGCCAAACAGCUCCUGACGCCAGCCACUGGAGCACCUAAGCCCCAGGGGACAAAAAUUGUGUGCCGGCACGUGAGGAAUGGGGACGUUCUCCUGCUGAACCGACAGCCCACCCUGCACAGGCCCUCCAUUCAGGCCCACCACGCCCGCAUCCUGCCGGGAGAGAAAGUCCUGCGGCUCCACUACGCCAACUGCAAGGCCUACAACGCCGACUUCGACGGGGACGAGAUGAACGCCCACUUCCCCCAGAGCGAGCUAGGCCGGGCCGAGGCCCAUGUCCUGGCCUGCACUGAUCAGCAGUACCUGGUUCCCAAGGAUGGACAGCCCUUGGCAGGGCUGAUCCAGGACCACAUGGUUUCAGGCGUGAACAUGACCACCCGAGGCUGCUUCUUCACCCGGGAGCAGUACGUGGAGUUGCUGUACCGAGGGCUCACUGACAAAGCAGGGCGCGUGAAGCUCCUUCCUCCGGCCAUCCUGAAGCCCUUUGCACUCUGGACAGGGAAGCAGGUCGUGUCCACGCUGCUCAUAAACGUAAUCCCUGAGGGUUACGUCCCACUGAACUUGUCGGGAAAGGCGAAAGUCAGCGGGAAAGCUUGGGUGAAGGAGACUCCUCGGCCUGUUGCUGGACUUCACCCCGACUCCAUGUGCGAAUCCCAGGUGCUCAUCCGGGAGGGCGAGCUGCUCUGCGGCGUGCUGGACAAGGCGCACUUCGGGAGCUCCGCCUACGGCCUGGUGCACUGCUGCUACGAGGUCUACGGGGGCGGGACCAGCGGCCAGGUCCUCACCUGCCUGGCCCGGCUCUUCACCGCCUACCUGCAGCUCUACAGAGGCUUCACCCUGGGUGUGGAAGACAUUUUAGUCAGACCAAAGGCGGACGCAGAGAGACGCAGGAUCAUUGAGGAAUCCGCCCACUGUGGGCCCCAGGCUGUUCGGGCUGCACUAAACCUGCCAGAAGCUGCAUCACGUGCUGAGGUCCGAGGGAAGUGGCAGGAUGCCCAUCUGGGCAAGGACCAGAGGGAUUUUAACACGAUUGAUCUGAAGUUCAAGGAGGAGGUGAACCGUUACAGCAAUGAGAUCAACAAGGCAUGCAUGCCUCUUGGCCUGCACAGGCAGUUCCCGGAGAACAACCUGCAGAUGAUGGUGCAGUCGGGAGCCAAGGGGUCCACUGUGAACACCAUGCAGAUCUCAUGCCUGCUGGGCCAGAUCGAGCUGGAAGGGCGGAGGCCCCCACUGAUGGCGUCCGGCAAGUCACUGCCCUGCUUCGAGCCUUAUGAGUUCACCCCCAGGGCUGGCGGCUUCGUCACCGGAAGGUUCCUCACCGGCAUCAGGCCCCCUGAGUUCUUCUUCCACUGCAUGGCAGGGCGAGAGGGCCUGGUGGACACUGCCGUGAAGACCAGCCGCUCAGGCUACCUGCAGAGGUGCAUCAUCAAGCACCUGGAGGGGCUGGUGGUCCAGUACGACCUGACGGUGCGCGACAGCGACGGCAGCGUGGUGCAGUUCCUCUACGGGGAGGACGGUCUGGACAUCCCCAAGACGCAGUUCCUGCAGCCCAGGCAGUUUCCCUUCCUGGCCAGCAACUACCAGGUGAUAAUGAGGUCCAAGCAUCUGCAGGAAGCCCUGUCCAGAGCAGACCCCGCGAAGGCUCUGGGCCACUUCAGGGCUCUCCGAAGGUGGCGCAGCAAGCAUCCCCAAGGGCCGCAGAGGACGGGGGCCUUCCUGAGCUUCUCCCGGAAGAUGCAGGGGGCGGUGAAAGCCCUGGGCCUGGCGGGCAGGACCCAGAAUGGCCGCAGCGCAGAGGCCCAGCAGAUGCUGCAGAUGUGGCGCGAGCUGGACGAGAGGCGCCGGCAGAGGCUGCAGAAGAAGGCAGCCCCUUGCCCUGACCCCAGCCUGGCCGUCUGGCGGCCCGACAUCUACUUGGCCUCUGUGUCGGAACGUUUUGAAAAGCAGGUGGAUGACUUCAGCCAGGGAUGGGCAGGAGCGCAGAAGCAGCACCAGAAGCUGGAGCUCUCGCCAGACAGGUUGAGGACCCUGCUGCAGCUCAAGUGGCAGCGCUCGCUGUGUGACCCGGGCGAGGCUGUGGGCCUGCUGGCCGCCCAGAGCAUCGGGGAGCCCUCCACACAGAUGACCCUCAACACCUUCCACUUCGCAGGCAGAGGCGAGAUGAACGUCACCCUGGGCAUACCAAGGUUGAGGGAGAUUCUCAUGGUGGCCAGCGCCAACAUCAAGACACCCAUGAUGAGCGUGCCCGUACUCAACACCAAGAAAGCCCUGAAGAGAGUGAAGAGCCUGAGGAAGCAGCUCACCAGGGUGUGCUUAGCAGAGGUGUUGCAGAAAAUCGAUGUCCAGGAGUCCUUCUGUGUGGGAGACAAACAGAACAAAUUCCGGGUGUACGAGCUGCGGUUCCAGUUCCUGCCACACGAGUGUUACAAGCAGGAAAAGUGUCUGAGGCCCGAGGACAUCCUGCACUUCAUGGAAACAAGGUUCUUUAAGCUCCUGAUGGACGCCAUCAGGAAGAAGAGCAGUAAGGAGUCCACCUUCAGGAGUGUGAACGCGCGGAGGGCCACGCAGCGGGACCUGGAAGGCGCCGGGGAGUCAGAGCCGAGGCGGGGCGAGCAGGAAGGGGAGGAGGAGGAGGAAGGGAACAUCGUGAACGCUGAAGCCGAGGAGGGGGACGCUGACGCCUCUGAUGCCAAACGCAGGCAGAAGCAAGAGGAAGAGGUGGACUACGAGAGUGAGGAGGAGGAGGAGCAGGAGGAGGAGGACGCGCAGGAGGAAGGGGACGCCCAGGCCCCAGAGCCAGACGAGGAGGUGGGCUCAGGCCCCGAGGAGGACUUGCCCCAGAGCCCUCCGCCUAGCCCAGGGCCCAAGGGAGCCGAGGCCGUGGAGCGCCGGGUCCAGGCGGUGCGCGAGGCCCACUCCUUCAUCCAGGACUACCAGUACGACGCCGCGGAGAGCCUCUGGUGCCAGGUGACCGUGAGGCUCCCUCUCGGGAAGGCUAACUUUGACAUGGGCUCCCUGCUCGAGUCCCUGGCCCACAGCGCCGUGGUCUACAGCGCCAGGGGCAUCACCAGGUGCCUCCUGAACGAGACCACCACCAGCAGAGGCGAGAAGGAGCUGGUGCUGCACGCGGAGGGGACCAACCUCCCGGAGCUGUUCAAGUUCGCCGAGGUGCUGGAUCUGCGCCGCCUCUACUCCAAUGACAUCCAUGCCAUGGCCAGCACGUACGGCAUUGAGGCUGCCCUGCGGGUGAUCGAGAAGGAGAUCAAGGACGUGUUUGCUGUGUAUGGCAUUGCCGUCGACCCUCGCCAUCUCUCCCUGGUUGCCGAUUACAUGUGCUUCGAGGGCAUCUACAAGCCGCUGAACCGCCUUGGCAUCCGGUCAAACUCCUCCCCUCUCCAGCAGAUGACGUUUGAAACCAGUUUCCAGUUUCUGAAGCAGGCCACCAUGAUGGGAUCCCACGACGAACUGAGGUCCCCUUCGGCCUGCCUCGUGGUUGGGAAGGUCGUCAAGGGUGGGACAGGCCUGUUUGAGCUCAAGCAGCCCCUGAGGUAGCAGUGGUCUGCACUGCGGGGCUGCCCACCAGGAGGCCUGGGUGCUGCUUGACUGGGCACUCGUGUGAGAGGACCAGAAGCUCCAGCUUCAGGGCAGAGACCGGCUCCAGAAAGCAGUGGCCGUUGGGCUGGGCGGCAGUCACGCUUGACCUGGCCUCCUGUGUGAGGAUGGGAACAGGGUUCCUGGAGGGGCCAGGGCUUCCCUCCUGUUGGCAGCAGAAUCCCAGACGAGCCCAGCCACUCGCUGGGAAGCUCCGUUUCUGUGCGCGCUCAGUUACUGCCGCAAGCGUCCUGGGGCCUCCUGAGGAGCAGGAGCAGGGAGGCUGCUCCCCUGGGGAGGGCGUCCCAGCACCUCCACCCAGGACUGCUGCUGGGCCAGGCAGGGUGGCACAGCCUCCCCCGACCCCGAGCCUGGCUGGGGCCCUGGUGCUGCUGCCGUGUGGCCAAGGGCCCUAGGCCAGGCUCUCCAGGACCAGCAGCUCACCCCACACAAGCCCGAGUUCCCCACGGGGGCCUCGACUUGCCAGCUGUGCCCCCAGCCUGGCGUGGGGAGGCCUGUGCCAGGCAGGCUGCCUGUCCCCGAGGCACAGUAGCAGGUACCCUGGCUGGGACUAAAGGGGCAGAGGCGUGUGCAGAGGCUUCGCUUUGUAAACCCCAGGCGGUUUCUGUUCUUGUCUCGCGGUGUUCCGGUUCAGGCUGAGUAAUAAACAUCCCAGACUCGGCUGUUCGGAGGAAGGAGAAACUCUUGUCAUUUUACUCCCCCUGGCUCUGAGGCUCCUACAUUCGAAAUCAAGAACUCUGCAGCAGGAACUGCUUGGCAUCAGA